AAAUUUCCCAAACGGAAACGUCACGAGUAGCGUGGACGUCAAACUGGUCCGCGGUCGAGAACUCAGGAGCCUUUUUUCGAUUUUUGGGGCUCGAAAAGGCACUUUUCUCGGUUCCGGCUCCGCUGUAAAGUCUCCAUAACGGCGCCCCCGUUCUUCGUUCGAGUUUUAAACGGCUUGAGAGUACCCCGUAAACAAUAAAAUUCCGGUUAUAACCGGUUAAAAGUGAGCUCGAACCAGUGAAAAGAGGUUCAUCCGCAUUUUGUAGGUGAAAUUGUGUUGGGUGGCACGCCAUUUUUGCGAAAAUCACGUUGUUCCGCGGUAAAUUUACUUAGAGCGUAAAGUGGAAAAUGUCCGGGGAGGAAACGUCCGCCGACCGUAACGUCGAAAUAUGGAAAAUCAAGAAACUUAUUAAGAGUCUGGAACUGGCGAGGGGUAACGGAACCAGUAUGAUUUCACUCAUCAUCCCCCCAAAAGACCAAAUCUCACGAGUGAGCAAAAUGUUGGCAGACGAAUUCGGGACUGCAUCCAACAUAAAGUCUCGAGUGAAUCGGCUGUCAGUUUUAGGUGCAAUCACUUCAGUACAACACAGAUUAAAGUUGUACACAAAAGUGCCACCCAACGGUCUGGUGAUCUACUGUGGCACAAUCGUCACCGACGAAGGCAAAGAGAAAAAGGUCAACAUAGACUUUGAGCCCUUCAAACCGAUCAACACCUCUCUCUAUUUGUGCGACAAUAAGUUUCACACCGAGGCCCUCACCGCUCUAUUGGCCGAUGAUAAUAAGUUCGGGUUCAUCAUUAUGGAUGGUAACGGGGCCCUGUUUGGUACCUUGCAAGGUAACACCAGGGAGGUUUUGCACAAGUUCACGGUGGAUUUACCGAAGAAGCACGGCAGGGGGGGUCAGUCGGCCCUGCGUUUCGCCCGUCUCAGGAUGGAAAAGAGACACAACUAUGUGAGGAAAGUGGCCGAGGUGGCCACGCAGCUUUUCAUCACCAACGACAAACCGAACAUUGCCGGACUGAUUUUGGCGGGUAGUGCAGACUUUAAGACUGAACUGAGCCAAUCGGACAUGUUCGAUCCGCGGUUGCAAGGGAAAAUUAUUAAACUGGUGGACGUGUCUUAUGGGGGGGAGAACGGGUUCAAUCAGGCCAUCGAGUUGGCCGCAGAGUCAUUGCAGAACGUCAAGUUUAUUCAGGAGAAGAAGCUCAUCGGCAGGUACUUUGACGAAAUCAGUCAGGACACGGGCAAAUAUUGUUUUGGGGUGGAGGACACCCUGCGGGGGUUAGAAUUGGGCGCGGUCGAGACCCUCAUCUGCUGGGAGAAUCUGGACAUUCAGCGGUACGUCCUGAAGAACCACACGACCGGCACCGAAACGGUGCUGCACCUCACGCCCGAACAGGAGAAGGACAAGAGUCAUUUCACCGAUAAGGAGAGUGGGGUCGAGUUAGAACUGGUCGAGUGUCAACCGUUACUCGAGUGGUUGGCGAACAACUACAAAAACUUCGGGGCCACGUUGGAGAUCAUCACGGACAAGUCGCAGGAGGGCUCGCAGUUCGUCAGGGGGUUCGGGGGUAUCGGAGGUCUGUUACGGUACAAAGUGGAUUUCCAGAGUUUCCAACUAGACGAGUUAGACUACGGGGAGUUCGACUUGAACGAUUAUUGAUUUUUUGUUUUUUUUUAAUGUAAUAGUAGGAGCGAGGGUGCGAUUUAUUUGUUUUUUUUUCUCUCUUUAUUUAGUGCAAUUGUUUUUUUUUCUCAUUAUAACCGGACACGACCUUCGAGGGUGCUUUAACCCUUAAAUUAAUUAAUAAAAUUAAUUCUAGUUCCUUUUUAUUGUUAUUCUUUGGUACUUACUUAUACCUACGGGGUCGUACCUUGCUCCUAUCGUCGCGCCAUCUGUACCGAAGAUUACGCACGUCUAGUUUGGGUGCUCCCUCCCUCCCCCCGCCCCUGUUCUUUUUCCAACCUAAUUAUUAUUGUGUCUCCCUCUAUAGUCAAGUCGGCGCCGUUCAUUGUUGCAUCAAAAUUUGUGCGAGUGAAAGAGAGCGAGAGUAUUUUCAAAAAAUAAAGUUCUGUUCAAAAUCUAGA